AUGAUCACAGCUCCAGGUUCUUCAACAACAAAUGUAACUUAWAAUCUUUUUGUCAAUGUUAAUCUUAAUGGUUCUUUUUUCUCAUGUGUUCACCAGACGGAGGUUUUUAAGGGAACAUCUGGCAGUCUCGGGAUGACGUUCAGGCAAUGUCCUGCCUAUGAGGGUGAUGCAGUCAUUAUUGUCUACAUAGAGACUGUGACUCCUAACUCCCCUGCAGCCUUGGCUGACCUGCAAAAGGGUGAUCGCCUCAUUGCUAUUGGAGGUGUUAAAGUUACUUCUUCAGUUCAAGUGCCCAAACUGUUAAAACAGGCUGGGGAAAAGGUGGUGGUAUUUUAUGAGAGACCAGUUCGUCAACAGAAUCCCACUUUGGGUAGCCUUGGAACUCUGCAGGAAGGGCUUGGGCAGCUGGAGGAAACAGGUUUUAUUCCCCAGCCACUGCAGCCAGGUGGUUAUGAAGAAGACCCAGCCCCAAUCACCACCCUUUGUGAUGUAACUGACAGCAAAGACAUGGACUCUGAGUUUGAAGAGUUGAUUGUGGCACCCCAACCUGGCCAGAAUAGUGCAUUGAGCAGUAGUACCACAAAUACAACUGAGACCAAGGAAGACUUUUUACUUACUGUAAACCAAAGCCCUAAAAGGACAGUGGCCAACUUAGCCUCAAAGCCCCUUGGCACCAUAUCUCCCAUUCUCAACCGUAAGUUAAACCUUGUGGGUCUACAGUCACCGUUAAAGCCCCAUUCCAAAGAAUCACCAAAACCCUCACCGCAUAAAACCAGUAGUGAUCCAGGAGAGGGUCUGCAACGUCCCAGUGUCCCUCCUCCACCUCCUCCCUCUCGACCCCCAGUCCCACCGAGACCUCAGAUAAGGCUGACGUCAGCAUCAUCAGAAACCAGUCUUUUGGAUGCCGUUGAUUCUGUUACAACUACUGUUGCUUCUGUUGCUCCUACUAUGAGCACCACCAUCAGCUCAUCUGAAAAAUCUCCAGAAAAAGUCCCACUCACUGCAGGCAGUGAGGAUAAGACUGGUGCUGAGAAGAUGCCCAUCAAACAACCUGAAGCAAAGCAGUCUGUCAAGUCAGCAGAGUCUUGUGACGAUAUGCUUGGUACUUCCUCURUCACCAGCAGCAARGCCGAUAUGGCCAAGGACAAGGUUUCAGAGAGUUCCUGUAGCACACGAGACAGUCUGGAGGAGCACUCGGUCUGGGAAUCCACAGAAACCACAUUUCGAAAUCAGACUGCACACUGGCCUAAGGCCUCAGUGGUGUUUGAAGUGGACAGCAGCCAUAAGUACCUUAAUGUGGCCCUGUGGUGCAAAGAUCCCUUUAAGCUUGGUAGUUUGUUGUGUUUGGGUCAUAUUAGCCUCCAGCUGGAGCACAUAGCUCUGGAAUGUAUGGCUACAUCAUCUGCUGAGUACCAGAGCACUUUUAGGUUGUUGCCUCCUGAGCCACGAGCUAAUGUCAGCCGCACUGCAUUACGCAGUCUCAGUACUCACAAGGGCUUCAACGAGAAGCUGUGCUAUGGAGAUGUUACCUUAAACUUCUGUUACUUAGCUGAGGGUGAAUUAGAGUUUCCAGUUGGGGUGGCAGAUAAGGAGUGGGAAGGGAGCCUCCAGGAAGAGGAUCUGAGGGAAAGAGAACCUGAACCCUCAGUUCCACGUGAUGACUUGGCUUACAGCACGAUGCAGUCAACAGAUGUUCGCCACAACUUCCAGGACACCCAGUUUCAGAACCCGACCUGGUGUGAAUACUGUAAAAAGAAGGUUUGGACCAAGGCAGCCUCUCAGUGUAUGGUCUGCAGCUACAUUUGCCACAAGAAAUGCCAGGAAAAGUGCCUCACUGAAAGUCCUUUCUGUGUGGCAACAGCUGAACGUAGUGGAGCUGACCCUGAAGCCAAACCCACCAUGAUCCGGGCCACUGGCAUAACACGCCAUAUUAUCAACACCAGCACGCGCCUCCUUAACUUUCGCCAGGCGCCAAAGUCUCGGCUUGUUGAACAGGUGACUGAUUUGCCUGAGCAAACUCCAAACACAUCUGACAACGAGAGCAGCGACACAGAGACCUACACCAGCGGUGCGAGCCCAUCAAAGCAGCCUGCCGGCGGCGGUGGCAGCACCAAACUCACACGAAAAGAGGGUGGGUUGGACGACAGCGUCUUCAUUGCCGUGAAGGAGAUAGGCCGCGACCUGUACAGAGGGCUGCCCACAGAUGAACGCUCCCAGAAGCUGGAGUUAAUGCUGGACAAACUUCAGCAAGAAAUCGACCAGGAGCUAGAGCACAACAAUGGCCUUGUGGUGGAAGAAAGGGAGGCCACAGAUGCUCGGCGUAAGGCCCUAAUUAGUACGGCUCUGGCCAAAUCUGGCGAGAGACUCCAGGCCCUCACCCUGCUAAUGAUCCACUACCGAGCAGGCAUAGAAGACCUGGAGUCAGUGGAGAGCACGUCUCCCUCAGAGCAGCAAGGCUUUAAAGGCAAAGCAGAGAGUCUGGAGGAAGAAGCCCUGAUGGGGACAGAGGUGUAUGACAGUGACACAUGCAGCCCUGUGGACGGACAGCUCACGGAUGACAUUAGUGAGGAACAAAUCUGUGUCGAGGCGCUCCAGUAGACACAAUACUGAAGAGAAAAAUGUGCAUUGGUCUUUUGCUUUCCAGAAAAUAAUUUGCAGUUUGUUAUUUUGAUAUUAAGAAAUUUCAGUCAUCCAUUUGAAAUAUUAAGAAUGUCGAGGUCAAGCAUUAGAUUUACACUUUUUGGUUUUCUUGUUUUUGUUUUUUAAUUUCAUUUGAAAAUAAAGUGAUGGAUUUGUGAACUUGGUACUGGUGUUAUAAUUUGCACUGUGUGAUCCCACCUCGACGCUGCAAGAUUUGAAAGGGAAUCUUGAAAACUUUGCCAUCAGUAGAUCUGCAUGUUUGUCUUUAAAUUUUGUCCUUUGACUUCAAAUUAAUGCUAUAAUUUGUCACCUUGCUUUGAUGGAAGGACUUUGCAAAAUGUGCACAUUUCUUUGGUCUAUUUAUAUUUGGUUUUGUAUGUUCUCUGUAACUAAUUCCUUAAGAAAGAGACAAAAGGAGAUGUAAGCAUUCCCAGCAGUGUUGUAUUUGUAGUUUCCUGCAGGAAUUCAUCUCUAUAUUUUUAUUUGAGCACUUUUUUACUGCAGAAUAUUUGAUUUUUAGAAGUAAAACUGUCUGCUCAAAGCUCUUUAGAACAUCAACUGUAUGCUUGGUUAUGUAUUUGAAAUAUUUCUUUUAUUUUGGGAUUCAUGUUUUAAUAUGAAUCUAACUGUUCUGGUUUAUAAUUUAAAAAUGUGUUUCUGAUAUACUCAUUGAUAAUAUGUGUUUUCUUUUUUUCUUUUUUUUUGUAAAUUUAGGUCAAUCUCUAAUGAAUGGAGCCCAUGUGAUUUAUUUCACAGAAAAAUUGUUUGUUCACCAUG